AUGUUUUUUUAUUGUGUGCUGUUUGUUCAGUCGGUGUACCGUUUGAUUGAUUAUUCAUAUGUCUUCCAUUACCUCACCGUUUGCAGGCAGAUACUCAUUGCUCUCAACGUUCCUAUGAUGGAAAGCGCUAAGAAUGGAAGUGAGUUCCCAGUUGAACAUGACCGCGUUAAUCACGCGAGUGGUAUGGAUAAUGUUGCCGAAGUGGAAGAUGUGCUUUGCGGUGGUGAUGCUGGGAAUGAUGUCGCUGUUUCUCGUGAUAGCGUUGACAUUGGAGGGGUUGCUUCCGGCGACCGCACUGCAGCUCAGGAUGUGAAGCUCAAUGUUACUGCUGCUGAGGUUCUGGAGGAGGCUACGAAGAUCGAGCGUUUGCACUGCAAGUGCGUUGUUGGAGACAUCAACGCAGUCAUCCACGAGGAAAAGCCGGCGACAGCGCGCAUUGGACCACACGGAACCGGAGAUCAGAACGAAAACGGAGAACGUUUGAUGGACUUCCUAGAGCAGUGCAACUUCUUCCACGGAGACAGCCUCUUCAUGAAAAACACCGCAGAAGAGCAGUUGGUUGCUGAAGGGAAAGGCGGCACACCUUUUGAAGGCGUUCCUGCUGAAAAUGAAAAGAACGAUGCGCCAGUGCUUGAAGUAAAAAGGAGCGUAUGUGCACUGAUUGGGCCAGCUGAAGUCAGGAUAACAAUGCUCAUCAAGUCGCUAAGGAAGAGCCUAAGUUGCCUGCUGAUGAAGAGUUUGAGUUUGUUUUUUUUUUUUUGCCAGAACGAGGAAAAGAGCUGGCAGCUGGAGAGAAUAAUGAAGCUGUUGAUGCUCAGAAGCACUAUGGAUCACCAACGUUACUGUUCCACAAAGACGAUUUGUGAUGAGCAUCCAGGAGCAGCUGCAUUGCAGGAGGAGAAAGUGCUGGUCAACGGGCAAGAUGAAUUUGAGGACAACGUGAACGCUACCGAUAUUGUCGAUGAAAAGGAUGACAAGCCUGUCGAGUCUGAGAAUCACGGGAAGGAAUUGGACGUUAAUGAAGAGAGUGAAUGUCCUGCAAUUAAUUCCUUGGAGAAUAUCUCAUCGGAGCCCAAAAUGGAUGACCAGGCCAAUUCGGAGAAGUUAGAGAGCGUGGCAGUCACUGGUGACGCAGGCGCCCCCAAGUAUUUGUCUGAAGAGUUUGGUGAACCGGAUCGUGACAAGAAGCAGGAUGAGAAGGCUGUGGCGCCAGAGAACACUGAGGUAACUGUGGGAAACGCUCCUGGCGAAGACGGUGGUGACGUACACAGCGGUAGUCCAGUGGCGGUGAUGGAGGUCGAGGAUGUGAAAGAUGGCAAGGAUGUCGGUUCUGCCGAUGAUGUUAUCCAUGAUGAUGCGAAAGAAAACACCUCGGGUGGUGCAUUCAAUGAUGUUGAUAAGCAGAAUGCAAAAGCAUCUAAGGGCAAACUGCGCCCCAAGAAGGGGACACGUCAAGAGGCAUCUGAAACUCCAGCGAUGCCUCUGCGCCGCAGUGCGAGACUGCUUUCGAGAUCGGAGGCGACGCCUGUUUCGGCUGUUCCUGCCAAAAAAGUCAGAGUCGCGCCAUUUGUUGAGGACACUGGACUCCCACGCUCUACUCCUACCGCUCGCAAGCCCUAUGGUGUUUGGCGAAGAAGGGCAAGGCGGCUAAGAUUGGACGCAAGUGAAUCGUCGAUUUACCGAUCCUCUAAAUUUCUUUUUCCGCGAUUGUCUCUAUUUGCCGUUCUUUUUUGUUUUUGUUCCACCUCAUGCACCUCGGUCGGAGCAAUGCUCGGCAGUAAAGUUGCUGGGUUGUGCUGCCGAGUCGCCGGUGCCUCACAGGCGCUGCUUGCUCAGCGGGGCUCGCACACAAUCUGGUAUCCAGAUGCAAAGUUUGAAAGACAAUUUAAGAACACAAGUAUUGGUAGAAUGUGGACAUGUGACCAUUAUGAGGAAUUCGAUAAGGCUAUUGGAUUAGAGAAGCUUGAGAAGUUAGCAUAUUCAUCGCCUGUAUUUGCUGAUGACUAUCAAGGCAAACAUCGUGAAAAGGAACUUGAAAAUAUGAUUCUGAAUUUUGGUCCUCAACAUCCAGCAGCUCACGGAGUGCUUCGUCUUGUGUUGAAGUUGGAAGGAGAAGUAAUCAUAAAGGCAAUGCCCCACAUUGGGUUGCUUCAUCGUGCUACGGAGAAGCUCAUUGAACAUAAAACGUAUACGCAGGCUUUGCCAUAUUUCGAUCGACUGGAUUAUGUGUCAAUGAUGUGUAAUGAGCAAGGUUUCUCACUUGCAGUUGAAAAGUUAUUGGGCAUUGACAUUCCACCACGAGCAAAGUAUAUUCGAACAUUGAUGGCUGAGCUCACGAGAAUCCAAAAUCACGUAAUGGGAAUAACUACACAUGCCCUCGACAUCGGUGCGAUGACACCAUUCUUCUGGAUGUUCGAAGCUCGAAUGCAUGUGAACUACAUCCGUCCUGGAGGAGUAGCAUGGGAUCUACCAAUCGGCCUCAUGGAUGACAUUUAUGACUGGGCUGUAAAGUUCCCGGAGAGAAUAGAUGAGUUAGAGGACAUGUUGACGGAAAAUAGAAUUUGGAAGGCAAGAACUGUGGAUAUAGGGCUCGUUUCUGCCGCGGAUGCGUUGAACUGGGGCUUCACUGGAGUGAUGGUACGUGGAUCAGGUAUAAAACAGGAUGUUCGCAAGACGCAACCGUAUGAAGUUUAUGACCAGAUGGAGUUCGACGUUCCCAUUGGUACGAAGGGUGAUUGCUAUGACAGAUAUUUGUGCCGUAUAGAAGAGAUGCGACAGUCGCUUAGCAUCAUUCUUCAGUGCUUGAACAAAAUGCCUGCAGGCGAGGUUAAAGUAGAUGACCAUAAAAUUGUUCCACCUAAACGAGCUGAGAUGAAGGACUCUAUGGAAUCUCUUAUUCAUCAUUUCAAGUUCUUCACGGAAGGGUAUCAAGUCCCACCAGGAGCUACGUACGUGCCUAUCGAGGCACCCAAAGGAGAAUUUGGAGUCUAUCUUGUUGCCGAUGGUACAAGCAAACCGUAUCGGUGUUACAUUCGUGCUCCUGGAUUCGCUCACUUGGCUGCUAUUCACGAUAUUUGCUACAUGUCACUGAUCGCCGACGUUGUAGCUGUGAUUGGAACUCUGGAUAUCGUGUUCGGAGAGGUGGAUCGAUAG